UUAAAAAUUUUGAUGGGGUAAAGUGCGAAAAUUAGAAAUUUGCAGGUGGUGAUAUGCAAUUUGCCCUUUGUUUUUUUAACUUUGAGGGGGAAAGUGCGGAAAUUAGAAAAUUAUUGGGAAGAAAUGCAAUUUGCCCUUAAAAUAACAUUAAAAAACAAAAAACAAAAAAAAAACAAAAAAAAAUAAAUAAAUAAAUUCGGUAGUCUACGAGCCUUCUUCUUCUGUAGGUACCAGUUCAUUCUUCACUGAAAUUAUCUUCAUAAAAAAGAUGAGAGGAACCGAAAUACUGAUUCGUAGAGCAUUAUUUGCUAAAUCUUCCCACCAUUACGCUAUUUUUACUUAUCCCUUUUCUUUCUUCUGUUCAAAUUUUCACAAAGAUCGAUCCUUUUCACCUAAACCCAGAAUAGAUUUGAGUUGUAUAAAUGAAUUAGAUGAUGCUGUUUUCUUGUUUCGUCAAAUGGUUAGAAUGCAGCCACAGCCUUCCGUUUUUAAAUUCACCAAACUACUGCAAGUUAUUUUCAAGAUGAAGCAAUAUUCGGUUGCCCUUAAACUGUUCGACGAAAUGCGUCAAUCGGCUGCCCCUAUGAACGAGUACACGAUGAACAUCUUGAUUAAUUGCUGUUGCCUUUUGAAACGCGUAGACGUUGGUUUUGCUGUGUUCGGCAUCUUCUUUAAACAGGGCUACAACGCAAAUGUUGUGACAUUCACCACUCUACUAAAAGGUCUCUUUCUAGAUGGUAAGGUGGCCGAUGCGGAAAAAUUGUUUAAGCAGCUUUUGAUUUUGAGACUUUGUGAGCCCAAUGAUUUUACAAUUGUUACUGUGAUAAACGGGCUCUGCAAAAAUGGACAUGUUCUUGCUGCCCAUGAUUUGCUCUUGUUAUUGGAAAAUACUAUUUAUAAACCCAAUGUUAUGGCUUAUAGCGCUGUGAUUGAUGGCUUAUGUAAAGUCGGAAUGGUGGAUAAUGCACUCGAGCUGAAGUCUAGAAUGUUUGAUAAGGGCAUUUCACCUGACGUUGUCACAUAUAACUCGAUGAUUCAGGGCUUGUGCGAUUUUGGUAGAUGGAAAGAGGUGAAACACUUGUUAGAUGAAAUGGUCAACCACAAGAUUUGUUUAACUGUUGUUACUUUCAAUAUAUUAGUGGACUCAUUUUGCAAGGAAGGAAAUGUUAAAGAGGCUGAGGAUGUUUUGGAAAUUAUGAAGCAACAAAAUAUUCAUCCCGAUAUUGUCACCUACACUGCACUGAUAGAUGGAUAUUGUUUGCAAGGGAAAAUGGAUAAAGCGAAAGAAGUAUUUGAUUCUCUAACGGGCAACGGCCUUAAGCCAUGUAUUAUGAGCUACGGCACUUUAAUCAACGGAUACUGCAAGAAGGGUAAAGUGGAUGAAGCUUGGCGUCUUUUUCUCGAAGUUUCUUCUAAAGGCUUAGAGCACACAAUAACUACCUAUAACAUCAUGAUACAUGGACUUCUUAGUGAAGGUCGAAUUAAUGAUGGAUGGAAACUUUUCAAUGAUAUGGAAACUCGGAAAGUGCAUCCUAAUUUAAGUACUUACAAUAUUUUGUUGGAAUGCUUGUGCAAGACUCAUCAGAUUUCUGAAGCAUUUUCAUUUCUACGGACGAUGGAAGAUAAAGGAGCAAGUCCCGAUAUAAUCACUUAUCGUAUCCUGAUUAACGGUUUGUGCAGGGAUGGGAAACUUGAAGAUGCAAAACAUCUUUUAAACGAAUUUCCGUCUAAAGGUUUGCAACCUGAUUGUCAAGCGUAUACCAUUGUUGUUGGUUCACUUUGUCAUGAAGGAUUUGUAGACGAGGCAAAAAAUUUGCUUGUGAAAAUGGAGAGAAGUGGUUGUGCACCGGAUAGCGUGACAUACAACAGCAUAAUCCAGGGUUUGCUAAAGAGGAAAGAGGUUUGCAAGGCAAUGCCAUUCUUAGAGGAAAUGUACAAAAGGGGAUUCUCGGCGGACGCAACUACUUCGUCCAUGUUAAUUAAUCACCUGCUGCAAAUAUAUAACAAAGGUAUUGUUCUUCUAGAAAUGAUUAAGAAAGUUGUACCAAAAAUAUAAAUUAUUUAUUUGAGCUUUUGUCUGUAAUAAAACAAAGUUUUGCUAUGUCUAUAAUGACUAGGUAUAGUUGCCUGUUGGUCUUUCUUUCAUGACUUGGUACUAUUUUUGCGAUGUGUUUCCGAUUAAAGCGUGUAAAUAAACGUGUAUAUCAUGUUGGCGUAGUGAAUAUCCUUUCAAAUUAAAUGCACAUCCCAUCUUUUCCGCCCUUUAAUUCUCCUACAACUUAAAUGAUUUGGGCUGAGAACCUUAUAUUUAGAUUUGAGAAAAUUACAGUUUUCAUCCCUCAAGUUUGCACUGGUUUUACAUUUGGACAUCAUGUUUAAAAAAACACAUUCGGUCCUCAUGUUUCAACAAUUUGACACUUUUUGUCUUUUUCUUCAAUUUACCGUUAGUGUUUCUUUUAAGAGAGUGAUUAACGCAUGCCUGAUUCCGUUAGUACUAACGGAAAAUUAACAGAAAUGAUCAAAAGUGUUAAAUAAUUGAAAUAUGAGGGACUAAACUUGGGAACCAAAUGCGAAGUCAAGGUAAACUUGAGGGACAAAAUGUGUAAUGUUCCCUUUUAGAUAUCUUUGGUUAAUCACGGAGAACCCUCAAAUCACAUUUGCACAUAAUACCAAGUUACCAAGUCAUUUGAUAUUUGCCUUUUACCAAUAUCUGUUGAAUGACCAUCUCAACCAAAAGCUUAAGCUCUUGGUUGAGAUGGUCAUUC